CAGACCCGCGGCUCACCGGCACCGGGACCUGCUCCUACCGGACCCGCCUCACCGUUCACCGACAGCACGAGCCCCCGUUCGUUAUCAAUCAGACCGAUCGGUUAUCGAUGCCGCCCCGCGCGCAUCCCGUCAUCACAUCUGUGUUGUGCCACCGGAGGAUGAGUCGGUAGGAGGCUAACAGCUAGCAGCUAACAGCGGGGGCACCGGCUACUGCCCGGUUCCGGCGCUCAGCGGAUAGCGGAGCCGUCUCCGUCGUGAACCGAUCUGGACCGGGUCUUACAUGGCCCCGGGUCGGUGCCCGGCGGGGCCCGGUGAGUGAGCCCGGCGGGGAGGAUGCAGCAGCUAGCCGUUAGCUCCCGUUAGCAGCUGUUUAUUUAUAUCGCUGUUAUGUAAGUUAGCCGUUAGCCGCUAACGCUAGCCUGAACCAUGAAUGACGCGCAGCAGGAAAUGUCUCCAGAUUUCGUCCUGAUGCGGCUCGUGUCCGCGGCGGAGUACGACCGGCUGCACGAGCGGGACGACCUGAUGUCCGUGAAGGCGGCGCUGGGACACCGGGGCCCCGGCUUCGACCUGGACUCCGGCGGCCCCUCCGCGGGCCUCGGCUCGGCCUCCCCGCACUACAGCUCCCCUCUGCCCGGGAAAGGAGAGCCGGACGGCGGCCUGGGGCUGACGCGGGGCCCGGGCUCCGAGCCGCCGCCGUCCCCGCCUCCGCCGGAGGACUUCGCGCUGGCGGCCCAGCGGUUCGUGGACUUCCCGGUCCCGCACGGGCACGGUUCGGGCGGGCCCGGGUCCAGGGCUCAGCUGAUGGUCUUCCAAAACCUGCUGCGGACCGGAGACCGGAUCCUGGAGUGCGGAGUGGAGCCGCCGCCCCCGGGCUUCAUCCAGGAGGAGCACCGGCACCCGGACCCGGGAGCAGACACCGGACCCGGCAGCACCACCGCCGGACCCGGGCCCGGGCCCGGAGGGGGGAAGGACCUGAACCCGCACCGCGUCCUGUCCGUGGAGGAGAACCUGCACCCGGUCCUCAGACCGUCCGUGGGGUCCGAGGGGCCCCAGACCCCCCAGCAGGUGGACUCGGCCCUGGAGCCGGGGUCCGGGUCCGUCCUGUGCCACAGACACCGGCUGGCCCAGUGGCCCCCUGGCCUGCUGGACCAGGCUCUGCGCCUGGGUCUGCUGGAGGCCCGCAAGGACCAGGACCCGGUCCUGGUUCUGGCCCGGAGGCUGGGUAAGCUGGGGGAGCGGCGGGGGGAGGGGGGGGGGGGGGACCUGGUCCUGCCCCUCCCCCGCUGCUCCUGCCAUGGGGUCCUGGGUUCAGGACCUGGAGGGGAGGACCCCGGUGACACCAGCGACGCCCUGCUGGUCCUGGAAGGCCUGGGUUCAGAGGAGGUGGGGGGGGUGCGGGAUGGGGGGGGGCACAUACACUGGGGAGGCGGCAUCAGAGGGGGGGGGCCCGUGUUCUCAGGCGGGACCCUCAGCGGCCUGAUGCGGCAGGUGCACAGACUGGCCGAGGAGGCGGGGGUCCUGGGGCCCUGCGCGGACCCCCAGGCCCCCGUCGGCCCCCUGCUCCGCUCUCACCCCCCCCACACUACAGGCCCCGGGCCCGACCCGGGUCCGCGGCCGCAGCACCAGCACCAGUCCAGGUCCCAGCCCCAGAGCCGAGCCGCCACCCCCAAACUGGGCACAGUGGGGGUGGGCGGAGGGGCGGGCCGGUCCGCCUCCCCGCUGGUGGUCCUGGAGGGAGAGGCGGGUCGGGGGAGGGACGGGGAGAAGACGCCGCGGGGGAAGUCCAGAAAAGGUGGGUCCCUGAAGGUCCGGCUCAGUAAACUGUUCAGAACCAAGAGCUCCAGCGGGGGGUCAGGGGGGCUCCUGGACAAGAGGCCCAGCCUGGCCUCGUCCACCUCGUCUGGGGGGAGUCUGCUGGACGUGUGGGGGUCCACCUGCAGCAGCACGGAGCAGGACGGAACCAGGUUGCAGGUGUCCAGACCUCUCAGUGCCUUCUCUCCGGUUCCAUUCACUCCUGCUUUCACCGGUGAGACGGUGUCUCUGGUUGACGUGGACAUUUCUCGGAGGGGGGGCAGCUCUCUGCACCCCCCCACUCCUCCUCCUCCCCCCAGACGGAGCCUCAGUCUGCUCGAUGACUUUGGUGGUCCUCCUCAGCAGCAGCCUCCCUUCAGCGGGGGGGCGUCUAUGCAGUCUCUGCCCCCCCGACCUCUGACCCUGACCCCCAGCAUCAGCAACAUCCAGCACAGCCUGAGCCUCAACGAUACCUUCCUGCGGGGGUUACCGAGGCCCGUCCCGCUGCGUCCCGACGGUCAACACGCCCCUCCCAGACUGGCAUCCCGCUGUCCCCUCAGCCGGCCGGACGCCAGCAGCUUCGCCACCAGCCUCCGAGAGCUGGAGAAGUGCGGCUGGUACUGGGGUCCCAUGAACUGGGAGGACGCAGAGAUGAAGCUGAAGGCCAAACCAGACGGAUCCUUCCUGGUCCGGGACAGUUCAGACCCACGAUACAUCCUGAGUCUGAGCUUCAGGUCCCAGGGAGUCACACACCACACACGCAUGGAGCACUAUAGAGGGACCUUCAGUCUGUGGUGCCACCCCAAGUUUGAGGACCGCUGUCACUCUGUAGUGGAGUUCAUCGAGAGAGCCAUCAUGCACUCCAAGAACGGGAAGUUCCUCUACUUCCUGAGGUCCAGAGUCCCAGGUCUACCCCCGACCCCGGUCCAGCUCCUGUACCCCGUGUCCAGGUUCAGCAGCGUCAAGUCUCUGCAGCAUCUGUGUCGCUUCUGCAUCCGACAGCUGGUCCGCAUAGACCACAUCCAGGAGCUGCCACUACCCACACCUUUGAUCUCGUACCUGAGGAAGUUCUACUACUACGACCCCGAGGAGGAGAUCCACCCGGCGCUGAAGGACCGGGGUCUGGACCAGAGCGGCCAGAUGGGGGUGGAGUCCCAGACGUAGCACCAGAACCUCUGAGGGUCAGUUCUUCUCGUCAUGGACUCAAACCUCCAAUCGGCUCUCUCCACUCAGUCCUGUAUCCGGGCGGGUUUCAGAUGAUCCGUCCUCCUCGGGGCUCUCCGAUUGGCUCGUGGGGAGACGACGAGGGAGGGGCAGGGGAUGUGGAGACUCCGCCUCUUUAAUGAUGUCAUCACUGAGCAGCCGGACUGACGACGACGUGACGACAUCAUCAACAAAGACGAAUGAGCCGACGUCUGAGUGGACGAAGACCGCUCGUUUCCGGAAUCUGCAACAACGCCGCCUUGACGCCAACGCUAACUGAACUCAUUUCUUCAGUCAUGUCUAAAAUCGAACCCACCACGAACAUUCAAUGUUAAUCGCAGAUGAAGUCGAACCGGCGGCGUGUUCUCUGCUCGGACGUCAGUGUUUCUUCAUGUCGUCGUGGCGUGGACUCCAGUGGUUCUGGGUGUUUGUGGUGGAACCUUCACGUCUGGUCUGACUUUACCUGUCCUUUGGGUAAAUAUUUGGACCUUUUGUGAAGUUGGAUUUGUUGGACUCAAAACUCCAUGAAGUUUCCAGUCUCCAAAUGAACUUUCAUCAGGUUCGAUUCAGUCAAUGCAGCUGGAAAUGAAGUGAUGAUACGUUGAUGAUGUCAUGACCUUUCAUCGGCAGCUGACAACGGAACACGUUGGACCAGACGACGGAUGAUCCGACAGAUCGGGUCAGAAAUAGUUGAGGAAAACGGGCUUAACAGCAGACUCCCACGGCGUUGUCUUUUUAGUUGAAUUGGAAAAUGUGAAUGUUUGGUCGAACCUUGAGCGUCCACCUGCUGCAGUACCCCAGCGCUCCACCAGGGGGCAUCUUCCUUUAGUCUGGGACCUGCUGCAGUACCCCAGCGCUCCACCAGGGGGCAUCUUCCUUUAGUCUGGGACCUGCUGCAGUACCCCAGCGCUCCACCAGGGGGUGCCUUCACAUGGGACUGGAAUGGAAAACCACAAACAUCCUCCAGUUCCAUGUUGGUUGACUCUCAAAUGUCCAGUUUGACAAACUCAAAGUGAUCCUUUUAUACUCGUUAAUCAAUGAUUAAUUCAUGAAUUGAAUCCUAAACUGUGAAGUGGAAUAAACCAGGACCCGUCAACUGCUGUAGAAACAUAUGGAUCAUAUGUGGUCCACAUGUGGACCACUUCAAACAUGGAUCACAGACAAACAGGAAAAGGACCAACAUAAACUAAAUAUUCAUCCAUUCAAUCCAACAAAAGACACGUCACCAGGACCGGGGCUGAGUCCAGAUCCUGCACAUGUGGCAACAUGAAGACCUGGUCUGAUCCGGUCUAUGCUGAUCUGGUCCCACCUGUUCUGACCCGUUCUGGUUCUCUUGAUUCUGCUGUCGUCGGUCUAAUGUGGACCCGUCGAUCGUCGACUGUCUGACCCGUCAACGCUCAGGUCCACGUGAACCCCCCAGGCCACGCCGUCCGCACCAAAGACCCAAACAAGGGUUUUGAAUUAAGACAGGGAGUCACCGUGGAAACUGCUGAGCUCCGUCACCGUGGCAACUACUGAGAUCCGUCACAGUGACCAUACGUCAGUUUCCUGCUGAACCGAGUCACGUGAUCCGACUGGAGUUGAACUGGUGCAAACACUGGAUCUGAGGGAGUUUAGUCCCAGGCACGCUGGGAACCCUCGGAACUGUGGGACUGUGGGGCUGGAUGUGAGCGCCCUGUGGGGACUCUUCCUGAUGUCAAACCCAGAUGGACAGAUGUGAACGGACUGCACACUGAAGGACUAACACUGAUCUGGUCAAUCUGUCAUUUCUGUGCAGUCACCUGUCAAUAAAACAGUGGGUGGGGUAAA